AUGGCUAGCAACUUCACUUCCACCUCCAACGACGAGGAAGAAAAUCAUUACGUCAACAUUGAUAGCAUGGUUUUCAAAGAAAGUGUUGUUUAUGAUACUCCAACUCCACGGCCUCCCCAGAUACUGGCAGUGGCUGCCAUUGACUUCGGGACGACCUUUUCGGGAAUGGCAUACUCUUUUGUUGCCGAUUAUAAACGUUCGCCUCUUCAAAUUGAAGCCAAAGUAUGGCAAAGCACGAGAGGAUCUGGAGUGAUGUCACACAAAACACCGACCUGUCUCCUACUUCGUUCUGAUCAAACGUUCGAGGCAUUCGGAUACGAGGCUGAAGACCAGUACGCGGAACUAGCUGAAGAAAAUGCCCAUUACGGUUAUCGGUACUUCAAAAAUUUCAAGAUGAUUCUUCAUACAGAAGAGAAUUUAACGAGAGAUACUAAAAUCAAAGACGAACAAGGCAAUGCACUUCCGGCGAUGCUGGUGUUCACUGAAUGCAUCAAAUAUCUGCGGGAUGAAAUGAUGAAGACUCUUAAGACAAAAGGGGACCUUGUUCGGGCGAAUGAGAUCAGAUGGGUACUAACAAUGCCGGCUAUAUGGGGCGACUCUGCCAAACAGUUAAUGAGAGAGGCAGCUGAAGAGGUAGGUAUAGAGCGACGCCAGUUGGUUAUUGCGUUAGAACCGGAAGCUGCAUCUAUCUACGCAAAGGAGAAACUAGCACAGAGGAUAAUCAAGAAAGAUGGAACCGCCCUCCUAGCUCCUUAUGCUCCGGGAACGAAAUACAUGCUUAUCGACUUAGGAGGUGGUACUGUGGAUAUUACUGUACGAGAGGUGCUGGAGAACAGGAAUCUCAAGGAGGUCCAUCAGGCUACCGGUGGCGCCUGGGGAGGGAUGGAAGUCAACGCCCAAUUCCUCGGGUUCAUUUCGAAGCUUGUCGGCGAAAAUGUCUUGUCAGAGCUACGUUUGCAUUAUAAGGCUGAUUACUUGGAACUGGAAAGAUCUAUAGAGAUGAAGAAACGCAAUGUAGAAGGCGAUAAAUAUGGCAGAUUAAUGAUUCCACUUCCUUGCUCUCUGAUGGAAGUUUAUGAGAAAUUAAAUAAUGGUGCUAAAUUGGGUAACAGAUUAACUUUUGAAACCGAAUAUGCAGGAAAAGUGGAUAUUUCAAGAGGUCAUUUACGAAUAAACAAGGAAAUUGCUGCUAGUUUUUUUCGACCAGUUGUCGAUAGCAUCGUUAAUCACCUCAGAGAUUUACUUCAACUGCCGGAGGCGUCGGACUUGGAAGACAUAAUUUUAGUCGGGGGAUUUGCAGAUUCAAGCAUUAUCAAAACGACAUUAACAGAAAUAUUUAACACCAAACGCUUGGUGAUUCCAGAAAACGCGGGACUUGCUGUGCUUAAAGGAGCCGUCCUCUACGGCCAUAACCCGGAUGUUGUUAAAGAGCGCAUCGCUAAGUAUUCUUACGGUACAAGGUCUUACAGGUACUUCAUGGAGGAUUUUGAUCCCCCAGAAAAACGACACGUCAUUGACGGUGAAACCUACUGUGGUGACUGUUUCGGUAAGAUAGCCGAGGUGGGAACGUCCUAUCUGCUUGGUGAUGGACAAGACAUUGAACUGAGUCCAGUCUCUGGAGACCUCACCAAAAUGGCUGUAGAUAUAUACAAAUCCACUGAACCUGAUCCUGUCUACGUGACAGACAACGGGUGCUCCUAUCUCGGCAAGAUCACCGUCAAUAUGCCUGACAGGUCUCAGGGAAAAGAGAGGACAGCGAAAGUCAGGAUUACUUUUGGGGAUACAGAACUUAUCUGUGAAGGUAUUGAUGAGGCGACUGGCAAGCGUACCAGGGAGGUCCUGGACACACUCAGUCGGACGUGA